AUGGAGACCGGUAUGAACAACGGUGGCCACCAAUUCGAUGCGGAACAGCUGGCGGAUCUGAAUGCCGCUUUCCCAGACCUUCAGACUAAGGGAGCCAUUCCACGGGAAGAAAUCCGCGAUGCCCUGCAGAAACUUGGAUGUCCUAUUCCUGGCCAUGAGCUGCGGGAAUUGCAGGGAAAUCAGAAGAAGAGUGCACUGUGUGAUCUGGAUGAGCUCUACGGCCUCUACCUGAAGGUCAAGGCGCUGAAGAUAGACUCAAAGCAGAUCCUAAAGGACGCUAUAUUGAGGGGCGCAAGCGAAGUAAAGGAAUAUGACGGUGUAGUUGGAGGCAAGCACACAGUGACGGCGUCUGAGGAGAGAGCAUUUACGAAUUGGAUAAAUAAACACCUGAAGGACGACAAGGAAUGCGCUGAGCUGGGACUGCUGCCAAUUAGUACCGAGGUGGAUGGACAGUUGUACAAUCGUUGCAAAAAUGGCAUCGUUCUCAGCAAAAUUGUGAAUAUUGCUGUUCCAAAUACCAUUGAUGAACGCAUCAUCGAGAAGGGUGAUUCAAUGAGUGCUCUAUUUAAGCGCAAUGAGAAUCUGACUCUGGUGAUCAACUCGGCAGCUGCCAUUGGCUGCUGUGUGGUGAACAUCGGACCUGAAGACAUCCUCCAGGGCAAGCGUCAUCUGGUGCUGGGCCUGAUUUGGCAACUCAUUCGCAAGGCCAUUGUCGACACCAUAACCCUCGCCCAACACAACGAGCUGGCAGCCCUCCUACUGCCAGGCGAGACCCUCGAGGAACUGAGUGCCCUGAAGCCCGAAGAGUUGCUAAUGCGAUGGGUAAACUUCCACCUAACCAAUGCUGGCAGCGACCGCCGAAUCACCAACUUCCACUCCGACAUCAAUGAUUCCGUCAUAUAUGCUAUCCUGAUGGACCAGAUCGCGCCAUUGGACAAGAAGGCCCACAUGAUUAAUUCUAAGGCCAUACUGGAUGAGUAUGAUAUCCAGAAGAGGGCCGGCAUUGUGAUGGAGAACGCCGCUAUCCUGGACGCUGGCAGUCUGCUAUCGCCAGAAGAUAUUUAUCUUGCAACUGACACCAAUCAGCGGGAUAAGCUUAAUUUGGGUUUCGUUGCAACCCUGUUUAACAUGUAUCCUGGCCUGGAGAAUCCCGGAGACUUGCAAAUCGAACCGGAAUCACUGGAGGAGAAGACUUACAGGAAUUGGAUGAACUCGAUGGGUGUGUCGCCGUUUGUGAGCCACCUCUACAGCAACCUCAGCGAUGGCCUGGUCCUACUUCAGCUCAUCGACAUAAUUCGUCCGAAUACCAUAAACUGGAAAACAGUGACUUCGACCUUCGACGAGAGGCGAAAACUUUUCCAGAAGCAGAACAACUGUGUUCUCGUGAUUGAGUAUGCCAAAUCAAUUGGCCUGAAGUUGGUCAAUGUGAGUGGCGAGAACAUCCGAGAAGGCGCUCAGAAGCAAGUCUUGGGCAGCUGCUUCCAGUUUAUGCGGGCUUACACGAAUAAGCUUCUGCGAGAGGCCGCGGGAGCUGAUAAGUCUGCACCAAUCGAAGACGCCGAGAUUCUGGCCUGGGUUAACAAACAUCUGGAGGCUAUUGGUGAGCCAACAAUAACGAGUUUCCGCGACCCCAGCCUAGCUACUUCGAAGCCCAUUGUUGCUGUGCUGGAGAGCAUCGUGCCAAAAAGCACAAGCCGAUCAAUGCUGUUGGAUGACAACUUCGCCAACGCUGUCUACGCCCUCUCCUCCUGUCGAAAGGCCGGAGCCCGAGUCUACGCCCUGCCAGAACACAUUUGCCAGACAAACUCGAAGAUGAUCAUCACCAUUUUCGCCUGUCUGAUAGUGCUGUCCUACAACUUACAACAACAAGCCGAACAGAAACAACAGCGGUAA